AUGCUGAGCUCGGUUCGGGCCUCUUCGAUUGCCCAUGCCUGGGGCCACGGCAACCGUGGCCCUGGAUAUCCCGUGUACGGCAUCACGGCCACUGUGACGUCGACUCCGGUCUCAACCGUCACCGUUGGCGAGAGCUCAUGCGACGCGGCCGACGCGCCGAUCACAGUCACGGUUUACGCUGAAUGCUCGGCUGCGUCUGGCUAUUCAAGUGCCGCUGGGGUGACUGUCAGCAGUCACAGCAGUCACGCUACCUGGUCCAAUGCUACUUCGACUUUCGCCGAGACGUGCACUCAUGGCCGGACAACGACGGCCGUGACUACCGGCCGCGGGAACACGUCUAGCUCUCCUGCUCUUGGCUGGAACAGCACCCUUUCCACUUCUCGUUGGACUGGGUCUGGAACUGGAGCACUCGUCGCCACCACCAUCCAGACAGCUGGCCCCGUCAGCUCGUUGUCUACCGGAUGGGGGAACUCAACUCGGGCCUCUGUCACGGAUCAUGACACAACAAUUUGGAAAACAGUGACGGUAACUUCCUCGACAAUCCAGACCGUGAUCGUCACGCUGCCGCCAGGGCAGUCGAUCCCAACUCUCCCAAGCUCAGGGUCCUUCACCGGGACUGGGUCCUCAAAGAAUGGGACCACAAGCGCCUCAAUUACCUAUCAGCCCAGCCUGACGUACGAAACCACAGCGUCGGCCCCAACCAGCCUGACCAGCGGCAGCCCCAUCAACGGCACGACGAGCCCCAGCAGCGCCCUCGACACCACUUGGACUUUCCCCGGGUCCGGAGGGAUUGCCAGCACCAUCAGCACCCUCACCACAAGCGCCACGCCCAGCCCCCUCCACAAUUCAUCUGCGCCUCCCAAUCUUGCCUCCACCACCGCGCCCCUCACAUCACCAUCCAGCCCAGCCGGCACCGCCUCUUCCUCGCCCGCGAUCUUCACAACCGAAACAAACGCCCCGCUCUUCACCACCACCGCUACCACCACCAGCGGCGACGGCGAGUACGGCAGCUACGUCUACGGCGGCUACACCGCGCCGGCGUCGCAGUCCAGCAACAGCAGUAGCAGCAGCAGCAUUGCAAGCCCCAUCACGGCCACCAGCGCUAGCGGCGGUGUCAACACCGGGAGCGCCGGCACCGGCUCCGCCACCAGCGCCACCGGCGCUCCCGUCGCUGGCGGCAGCAGCGGCAGCGGCAGUACCACGGAAGCGGCCCGUCCAACAACGACUUUCUACACUGCGUCGGUGACCAGCGUGAGUAGUGUGGUUGGAGGAGGGGGUGGGUAUGGCGGCGGGUAUGGUGAGGGUGGGUAUGGCGGUGGUGAGUACGGCGGUGGUGAUAGCGACGGGGGUGAGUAUGGAGACGGGUUUGAGUACUGGGCAUGA